GCAAGUUCCAUCAAAAAGAGGAAAAAGAACGGAAAGCAAUUGCGAAGGGAGGAGCAAGGAGAGCUCGGCUCUCUUCUCUCUUCUCUCUUCCCUCUUCCCUCGUCUCUUCCAUCUAAGCCCUAAUUCCCAAUAGCGGUUCUCCCUCCACCAGGAAUCCGUCGGAAAUCGACGUCCUCUCUCCGCCAAAGAGAUCUUGAGGCCUGGAAUCGGUGUUUCUUUUGAUGGCGUCCAACAGCAACAACCAGCCGCGCGCCGUCGGCGGAUCGCCGUCUCUCGCCAACUCGGGAAUGGGCUUGCCAGCGUCAGCUAACCCGCCGUCCCAUCUCCGUCCCCCGCCGGCGCCUGGUCCAUCUCCUUUCCAGGGUCUCUUUCACUCGCAAACGCAAUCCCAAGCCCAGCCGCAGGUCCACUCCCCCUUCCAGAUCCAUAUGGGUUCUCAGUCCCAUCUCGGUCCCCUUGGGUCGUCAUCCCCCUCCUUCUCGACCCCCGGCGCCAAGCGGCCCCCUCAGAAGCCCCCAGCUAGGCCCCCGGUCCCCAUCUCUGCUGCCGGCAGCCCAAGCAUCAAGACCGCUGAUAUAACUGCCGCUGCCCGGAGAAAGAAGCGCAAGCUUCCAGAGAAGCAGCUGCCUGACCGAGUUGCAGCCCUCUUACCUGAGUCCGCCCUCUACACUCAGUUGCUCGAGUUUGAAGCGCGGGUUGAUGCGGCCCUCGCAAGGAAGAAGAUCGACAUACAAGAAGCUCUGAAAAGCCCUCCUUCCAUGCAGAGAACCCUUAGGAUUUAUGUCUUCAAUACCUUCGCCAACCAAACACGCACUAUUCCUGAGCCCAAGAAUGCAGAGCCUCCCUCAUGGUCUCUGAAGAUUGUUGGGAGGAUCUUGGAGGACGGUGUUGACCCCGAUCCUGUUGGUGGGCUGCCUAAGCCCAACCCCAUAUACCCGAAGUUCUCAUCAUUCUUUAAAAGGGUUACGAUCGCGUUGGACCCAUCUCUGUACCCAGAGAACCCAACGAUCUUGUGGGAGCAAGCACGAUUGCCAGCAGCACAUGAAGGCUUUGAGAUCAAGCGGAUGGGAGAUAAGGAGUUCACUGCUAGUAUAAGGCUUGAGAUGAAUUAUAAUCCUGAAAAGUUCAGAUUAUCACCUCCACUGAUAGAGGUGCUUGGAAUAGAGGUUGAUACACGAGCUAGAAUUAUAGCUGGGAUAUGGCAGUAUGUGAAGGCAAAGAAAUUGCAGAACCCUACUGAUCCCUCGUAUUUUGCUUGUGAUCCACCUUUGAGGAAGGUAUUUGGAGAAGACAAGAUGAAGUUUGCUAUGGUGUCACAGAAGAUCUCACCACAUCUAUCUCCUCCACAACCCAUUCAUUUGGAGCAUAAGAUUAGGCUUUCAGGAAAUGGUGCCGUGGGCAAUGCUUGCUAUGAUGUGCUAGUUGAUGUUCCAUUUCCUCUGCAGAAGGAAAUGUCAGUCUUCCUUGCUAACACAGAGAAACACAGAGAUAUCGAGGCUUGUGAGGAAGUGAUAUGUGCUUCCAUUAAGAAGAUUCAUGAGCACCGGAGGAGAAGGGCUUUCUUUCUUGGCUUCAGUCAGUCUCCUGUGGAGUUUAUAAAUGCUUUGAUUGCUUCACAGGGUAGGGACUUAAAACUUAUAGCGGGUGAAGCAAACCGAAACGCUGAGAGGGAACGCCGUUCUGACUUCUAUAACCAACCAUGGGUUGAAGAUGCUGUCAUACGCUAUCUCAACCGCAAACCUGCAACCGGUAAUGAUGCUCCUGGUAGCACAUGAAUGCAAGACUGACUCAUUGCUCUCAAUAUUUGCCAUACAUUUCUAGACAUGGACAGGGUUGUAUUUUGUAGGUUUUCUGUCUGUUGUCUUUUUCAAGUUCCUGGACACGGAAAGGAAUUUCUAUAAUGAUCAUUUUAGUUUGAUAGCAAAAAUUCAAUUUAACUAA